AUGACGUCGACAAUCGGUAUUCCCAUCAAGCUCCUCAACGAGGCGCAAGGUCACAUCGUCACCCUGGAGAUCACCUCAGGCCAGACGUAUCGCGGCAAGCUCCUCGAAGCCGAGGACAACAUGAACGUGCAGCUCAAGGAUAUCACCGUCACGGCACGCGACGGCCGGGAAUGCUCCCAUGUUCCGAAGUCGCAACGCGAGAGGUCGUGGUGUCGGUCUAGCCAGAGGACGAGCGACGGUCAGCAGAGCGAGAGCGAGUGGACGCGGAGGCCGAUGAGCGGGUGCAGAGUAGCAAGCAAGCUGGUUGUCUGUUUCGAUAUUGACCGGCGCCAUUUUCUUUAA